AUGGAUACUAAUUUUGUUAAUAAAGAAGAUAUCAUUUAUGAAGAUGAGCUUAUUGAGCUACCAGAUGGUAUAUCUUCUAAAUUGGAAGAAGAUACAGAAAUUUAUAUUACAAAACAUAUAACGGUUAAAACAAUAAUUCACUCACUAGUUCCAAUCGAAUAUCCUCCAACAAGUGAGAGAGGUAUUGCAAUUAUAUAUCAUAUUGAAAGAUGGGAAAACAAAGAGGCAGUAUUUUCAAACGUUCAAUAUUCUAUGGGAUUAAAAAUGUGUGAAUUUGCAGACCUAGAACUUAAAGAAAUGGAACAUAAAUCAGUAGAUCCUGAUUCAGAUUUGUGUCUAAAAAUAAAUCAAGAAUUAUCAACCAGUAAUAAAAAAAAUAAUACAUUUGUUGUAUAUUUAGUAGCAUCUAAAACCAAAUGCCGAUAUGUAACAAAUGGAGUACAGUGUAUUAGAAAACCUGUAUUAAAAUAUUUGCGACGACAUGAUGAAACAACACCACCAUCUUAUUUCAUUGAAAAAUGCUCAUAUAUAAUUCUUAUAUCUAAGGGAAUUCAUUUUCAUUUACCUCCUCCACCUAACCGUGUACCAGUUACUAUUCAGGAUCAUUUACAGGAGCUAAUUCACCAAGCAAAUGAUGAUACAGUAGAUGUAACACCAACGCGUAUUAUAACAGGAAAUCUUAUAAAGACAUAUUUUGGAACAGAAUAUCUUGCUGAUAUGCAUGCCUCUUUAAAUAAUGCUGAUCAUCUUCGAUACUAUGUGAAUAAGAUUCAAAAAGAGAUCUAUCCAUAG